CUCAGCCUGUAGGCGGCCUCUCCACCGCGUCAAAAACGACUUCACCAAUCUGUCUGGAGUGAAAGCAGACUGCCGGCCCAUCCUCAAGUUUCACUGCACGCUCAUUCCAACAUCACACACUUGCACACAAUGAGCCCUGUCUUUGAACUGAAAACACUGAAUUUCAUGCAUCGGAUUUGAGCAACCACGGAUUGUUGCUCCAUAUGAGGAAGAAAAUCUUGAAAGCACCUUGUCUCCUCUUGAGUGUGUUCACAAGUUUGAAUCUGUGCUCCGGAAAGUUUGGGACACCGAUAACUGAUGAUGUGAGAAACCUGUCACUAUUGAAGCAGAAUAUCCCUUCUGAUUAUGAGAUUCCUGUUAGCUACAUCCCCAAAGAAGUGGCUGGCACGUGCUGGGUGGUGUUAAAUAUCUAUCCUUUGGAGCAAAGUCUUCGGAAGCUGGCGACCAUGUUUGGUGCCAUCUCCUCCAACAAAGAGAACAUCAUAGUUUUUAUUGCAAUGCUGAAGAGUUUACGCUUCACUUUUGACCAUGAGGAACUGGAAACAGCGAUGCAAGUCUUCCAGUGUCACUACCAAGAAGGGAGCUUAAUGUCUGGGCUUUACUUUGACUACAUCAAAGACGUUUUAACCACCGCCUCUCAAGGAACAUCUAGCUUCUCCUGCAAGCCGCCACCAUGUGUUAAUCCAAACCAAACGCCAGGCGGUCAGAAGGAGGGUCGUGAUUACAGCUGGUGGAAGAGAACUCCUUUGCUUUUGGCUCUCAUCCCCUUCACAGCUUGUGUCGUCAUGUUAGUGUGGCUGGUCACAUCUGGAAGGCAUAAUCCAACAUGCCGCACUGAAAAUAGCCAAAUGGCACCUUCUGACAUGAUCCCAAGUGUGUCUGUCUCCAUCCCACUUCAAACACUCACCCACGCUGCUGACUCUCUGCCAGCGGGGGAGCUGAUCCCAGAACACGAGAGUGGAUGAGCCAUGAUUAAUAGCAAAGAGAAGUCUCUUACGCGGCAGUGUUAACACUGCAGGUUGUUCAGAGUCCUGCUGGGUAAACGAGUGUGGUCUGACACUCUUCUUCUGCUUUCUCUUAUCCUGCGUGCAUGGACUCGAGCCACAAGAAAAAAAAAAAAACUCACCUGCUGGAUAGGCAGGUUGUUCUGUCAAAUUCUUCUAGCACUGAGCAAUUCUAAGAGGUUUUGUGGGACCAGAGGAAGAAGACUUGACAUUAUGGCUGUGUAUCUGUCAUGAAUAGUGUCACCUCAGCCGAUGUUGGACAGCCAAGUUUAUUUUUACAAUAUUACACCGUCUUAGGAUGUUUCAUUUCUUUGAUGUAACCCCCUUUACUGUUGUGCUGGCUGUGUCUGUGGUUACAGAGAUUGUUCUGUAAUUGCUGUUUUAGGAAUCCUUCGGUGCUAAUGCAGAAAAGUGUAUUUCUAAAACACUGAGAUCCAUCAAAGUAAGAAGGCUCAUUGGAGAAGUUGCAUGUGCUCUUCUGCAUUUUGUCUUCAACUUGUUGUUGACAUUAUUCUGAUCUGCGAUCUGUCACAAAACAUGAACCUAUAGUCGCAAACAACAGUUCAACAAGCGACCUACUUUGUGUAUCAAAGAUUUGACCAGAUGGCAGAUAGCCAUGACCAGAGGCACUUUGAAUCCCCUCAUUGUAUUUCAAAGCUGUUGCCCAGUGAUCUAUAGCUGCUACUCAGGCCACAGUGAGUGUGUUAGAGUUUUUAAUGCCUCAUUCACCGAGUCAAUCAUGUUCAGUCAUGAGAACAUGACUCCCGAGUGUGAGCGCUCUUGCACUGCAUGUGUCAGAGGAAGGGAGCAAGAGAUAGGACAGACAGGACAAGGGAAAGUGAGGGAGAUAGGGAAGGAUAAAUGGAUGGACGGAUGAGCUCAGUGAGGAGCAUAAGGAAGGCUUGUUCUCGUCACAAAAGGACUGGCCGUAGGCUGGAGGAAAUACCAGUUACAAACACGACUGAUGUCGGCAGAUCCCUAUGAAUCAACAGACAAAGAAUCUUUCCCGACCGCAGGCUAUGCUAGCCUUAUCUACAGAGGAUUGUUAGUAUUUCAACAACAGUUCUAAUGAUUUACUUCCAAAACCCAUCAUUGAAACAUGGACAGACAUACUUUUAUUACAACAUUUGCUCUUGGAGAGAAGGUCUACAACUUUUGUGUUUUACUGUAUUUGUGAACAAUUUGUAUAUUCUGCCAUUUUUUGUACUUUGUGUCGAUUGAUUGUGAGGUAUUGUAAGUUAUUUUGGAACAAGAUAAACCACUUAAAAAUUUGAAUAACGUUUUACAGUUGCAAUUAUGAAUGCACAGGGGGAGAAUAAAUGACCCUGGAAUGUUUUAGAAAGCAGAACUUUUGGACUUAGCGUUGCAUAUUGUUAGAUGUACUUCUGUCCAUGUUUGAGCUUCUGAUCAUUAUUUCUAAUACUCUUAUGACAAACCUAUAGUUUGUUUGACUGAACCCCGUGAAGUGUGACAUCACAUUUUAUGAGCCUUGUAUAUAUAAAAUGUCUAAUGUCUGGCUAAUUCAUUCAUAUCACUGCAUUUGCAGUAGUUCAUUAUGACAGUUUUGUCAGUGGCUUUAAUGAAAUGUUGACAUUAUUUUGUCUGCCUCCUGCAAAUGUACCACGAACAAAUUCAGCCUGUCAAUGUAUAUUUUGAAUGUAUUUGUCAGAACUGUAAACUGAGAUUUUACAUGCACAUAUUAUUUCUGUUGGUGAAAUUGUGAAACACAAAGCCUGAAUAUAUUCUUGAA